CUCGGCCUUCCACAAAUCCAGACGUGUCGGACUUCUGUCUUACUCCAAUCUGUCUUGUCAGCCCUCCCUUCCCGCGCAAUCGGUCCAGACUUGAUCCUAAUUGUGCUCCCUCUCAAGACUUCCUCUUUCGGCCAAUUCCUCGAACCUGUUCUCGUUGCGUGUCUUAUAGUUAUUCUUAGACCGGACGCCAUAUCUGAGACAAGCACCACUCCCCCCACUCCUAAAAGCCCAUUCCGAUCAUAUAGCUAGAACAUCGCCUGCUCUAUGUAUCAUUGAAAUUCUUGGCGUUCUGGAAAUUGGUUGUGAUAUUCCUCCUCCAAACUUGAAUUUUGCCUAGGUCGCUGCCUUCCCUCAGUUGUUAUCCUCUCGACCUCAAACAGCAUCAUCUAGCAAGUGCCCUCGUCCACAUCUGUCGCAAUGGCGCCUGAAGGGGCAUCCCAGCAAGGCCGCUGGCGCCUCGGCCGUCUAUUUGGUGGCAACACUGAUGCCGAAGGCGAAGGUCAAAAGCCGGGGCCUGAGAAAUGGAGUAUGGGAAUAUUAAACGAUCCGGAAACUGUCGAGGUGCCAGGCUCUGUCCUGUUGCUUGCUAGUCAUCGUAACGAGCCUCUCGGCCUCCGCAAUGUUCAUGCUCGCACUUCCCAUUCCUCCAUUCCAGCCGGCUUUCCUGUCGAGACUCCCAUGACACCCGGCGGCACUCAUCCACUACCCUGGUCGCCAUCGUCGCCAUCACCAGCUCCCGAGAAGCCGGUUGACGAAACCGGGGCUAAGAAGAAGACGGAAGAUGGUAAGAUCAUCUUGGAACCGCAGCCAGAAGAUUCCUCCAACGAUCCCCUCAACUGGCCCACCUGGCGCCGCGAUUGCGCUCUCCUAUCUCUGGGCUUCUACUGCAUGAUUGGAGGCGGCAUGACGCCCAUCAUUGCCGCAGGAUUCACAAAUGUCGCCCACGACUUUGAUGUUUCGGUCGAGCGCGUGCCGCUGACCACUGGCCUUUACAUGAUGGGCUUGGGUGUGGGCUCUGUCAUUGCCUCUCCCACAGCCAUCUUGUUCGGGAAGCGGCCGGUAUACCUAGCUGGUGCCAUUCUUCUCAUCGGUACCUGCAUCUGGUGUGGAUAUUCGCCUAGCUUCCCUUCUCUCAUUGCCGCCAGAGUCUUCCAAGGCAUUGCUGUAUCUCCGGUAGAGUGUCUGCCGUCUGCUACCAUUGCCGAAAUCUUCUUCCUCCACGAGCGCGCAUACCGUAUUGGAAUCUAUACCCUCUUGCUCCUGGGAGGCAAGAAUCUCGUUCCUCUCGUCAGCGCUGCCAUCAUUGGCCGCUUUGGAUGGCGAUGGGUUUUCUUCAUUGUUGCCAUGAUUGUGGGACUUGCAUUUGUACUCCUGUUUCUCUUCGUCCCAGAGACGUUUUGGGACAGAACGCCAACACGAAGAGUUUCAAAACGCCCUAGCUUCCUUCGCCGACUCUCAUCACGCCAUGCCAAUCCGGCUCACGCAUCUGCAGGCCCUCUCUCUCCUCGAGGUAAAUCGCCCGCUCGCUCACCCUCUCCUGGUAGGAUUGAACGUCGCAGAGACGUACAUGUCGAGUUCACGCCAGGUCUAAAGGCAGAAGAUUCCUCAAAUGCUGUCCAUAAGACUAUUGAAAGCGGCUCAGCGACGCCGUCUGGACAUCCUCAAGUGGGAUUCGCUGUUCCAUCGUCGGAAAGCCACAAAGAGGAGGAACAUGGCCAUGGAGAUGCAGCUCGCCGGGACACUUCGCGUGGGCCAUCAAUCCAUAGCGCUCGGGCCUCCAUUGCGUCUCCGCGAACCAGUAUCGCUCCCGACCGCGGCCGAUCGGUCCCUCAGGCGUCUUCUCAUGCUCAGAGCGCAGCCGAGAGUAUGAUGGUGACCGAGUAUUACUCGACAGCGCCCAAUCUCGACAACGAAAAGUUCCCCUCGUGGAAACUCAGAGCGCCUCCCAAGAUUAAGGCUUAUACGCACAACCUCCGCAAUCAACCCACCCAGACCUUUAUCCAGCAACUUAGGCCCUAUCACGGACGACUCAACAAUGACAACUGGUUCAAGGUCAUGAUUAGACCAUUCAUCCUCUAUGCGUACCCUGCCGUCCUUUGGUCUGCCGCCAUUUAUUCGUGCUCCAUUGGCUGGUUGAUUGUAAUUUCCGAAAAUUUGGCUGUUAUUUACCGAAAUCCAGACGGAUAUAAUUUCACAGCUCUCCAGGCCGGUCUCGUCUACGUCUCACCCUUUGUAGGCGGCAUCCUUGGUACGGGCGUGGCGGGCAAGAUUAGCGACAUCAUUGUCAGAGCCAUGGCCCGCCGCAACGGAGGCAUGUAUGAACCGGAAUUUCGCCUCGUAAUGGCCAUACCGAUCCUGCUUACCACAUGUAUUGGGCUCAUGGGCUUUGGGUGGUCGGCGGAAGAAAAGGACAACUGGAUUGUCCCCACCGUCUUCUUUGGCAUCACGUCGUUUGGCUGCUCCCUCGGUUCGACCACCUCCAUCACAUUUUGCGUCGACAGCUACCGCCAAUACGCGGGCGAAGCCUUGGUGACGCUCAACUUUUCAAAGAAUGUGCUCCACGGCUUGGUGUUUAGUCUGUUUAUUUCCCAGUGGCUUGCGGCAGAUGGCUCAAAGAAUGUCUACAUUUAUCUUGGCGUUAUUCAGCUCAUCUUCUGUCUUUGCUCUAUUCCCAUGUACAUCUUUGGCAAGAGAGCGCGCAUGUGGACGGCGCGCAUGAAUCUUAUGGAAAAGUUUUAGAAGAACGAUUCACACUUUCGUCUUCGAUGAGCAUUACGUGGCGUUUAUUUCUGUUUUCAAAGGGUCGAAUUAUCAACGGUGCUGUCUGUUUGGCAUCAUGUAUACCUUUCAUCACCCUGUCUAACUUGAUUGUGUGGGAUUCUCUCUCUUUUUCUUUGCAUGUUUUGGCUCGGUCAGUUUUCAGCACCAGCAAUUGCUCCAAAGCGCAAGGAGUUGGCCACGGAGGAAUAUUGAAUUUACCUAUAAGUAGAUAUACAUACAUACCUGGAUAUGCUUAUAGAUACCAUAUGCCCAUGCAUACAUCUUGUUUAAGGACCAUGAAUUG